AUGGCCGCCAACGCCCCUGCGACCCCGGCGCCGCCUUUGAAUGUCCAGCGCGGCGAUUAUCUUUUGGUCCUCCAUGAACAUACCCCGCGCGGGGACGACGAAUUGCGCAUGAAGCGUGGCGAUGUCAUCUUGCUAGAGGAAAUGGACGAGGAGUUCCAGGACGGAUGGUGGCUGGGCGAGCAUCCCGGAACUGGUCAAAAGGGUCUUUUCCCUGCAGCACCCGGCAAAGACUGGACAGAUCAAGGAGGACAGAGAAAUCCCGAGAGCUCACACGGUUGUUUUGAUACAGGCUUCACCCGAAAAGCGCAACCGCGCCAGAUUCCCACGAGUUAUCGACUUCCCAGCUCUCUCGAACACAUUCAGACCGACCUGGAAUCGCAUGCGACCGCACCUGACAGCCUCGAUGUGACUGAUCAGGAGCCGUCCACUCCUGUCAAUACUUCUUUUAGUGCUAUCAGCAGCGAGCAGUCCACCCCUCAGGCGUCGCGACCAGGAACUGCCGCGGAGAUGACGAGCUCUCCUCAAGAGUAUCUUCAACAACAGCGCUCUGUCUCUUCUCCCGUACAGAGGCCCGGAAGUCUGGCGGCGAACAUUCAGGAGGCCUUUCGCCGGUCAAUUGAUAGCCAUGCCACUGGCGACGAUAGUCCGGUCAUGAAUGAAACGCUGAGCGUCAUUGACGAGCAUAUCACCGACAUGAACACCCCGCGCCACAGCGUGUCAACACAGGAUGUGCGGACAGCCAACGAUUCCGCAAGUGAAUAUAGCAGCCAUCUCAGCCAUCGCAUGUCCUACAUCAACGGAAAUGAAACCGACGAGGAAGAGAAUACGCGACUCACCCCAGAAGAAGUUCGCCGUUGGAAUCCCUCGGAAACUGCCAAACAUCUUCGGGAACUCGAUGUCGAUCACAGUCAUUGUGAAAUCUUCGAAAGGGAAGAGAUCACCGGCGAUGUGCUUCUGGAAAUGGACCAAGACACUAUCUUCAUGAAACACUUUGACCUUGGAGUGAUGGGCAAACGUCUCAAAACAUGGCACAAAAUCAAAGCAUUUCAAGAGGAGGUCAAAGGCAUUUCUACUCCACAGAGUGAGUCGACACGCGGCUCCAUCUCCAGUCACGCAGGCUCCGUUGGGGCCGCUCGGCCAGAGGAGCGUUCGCUGUCGCGUGCUGGUCAAACGAACUCCUUUUUGCCUCGGAUACCCACGCUUUCAGAGCGAUCUGGCCCUGGAUACGUGCCACGAAUCGCUACCAUGCCGGGCCACUUUCCUCGCUUGGCUGGUAACGGCAACUCUCCAUUGACUACGACCUCUCCUCAAUUCACGCAGUUCUCCAGCGAAUCCCCAAGGCGGGUCUCUGCUGCGUCGAUUCGAGAUUAUAAUCGCCGUCACUCAUCCAUCGACGCAACGAACCGUGCCAUGUCCGAGUUCCAUUCGAAUAAUGGCCAUCAAAAGCAGCCUUCCUUUGAUCGAACAUGGACUCUUAACAAUGGCGCCCCUCAACCGCUGCCUACUCGCCCAGGAACAGCUGCUGCGACGGGCCCAGGUUACCGCGGACCACAAGCGUUAGAAGCAGGACCAGACGCGACCGCGCGUCUAGACGAACUCGAAAGGGGAUACUUUUCAGGCACUGAAGUGGACUCGCGACGGUCUCGACGUCUACAAAAGCGAACAUCUAAUGGCGGCAGUAUUACCCAUUCCCGAAAAUCGAGCCUUGUCGAUGAGUCAAACCGAGUCAACGCAGCCAAGCGCCGAUCGCGAGUGAACAGUGUCGACUCCAUUCGUGACGUCGCUUCUCGGUCAUCUCCUUCAGCUCCGUCCUACCAUGGAACACCCCCGAAAAGCCGUUUCAGGAGUAUGAGUACCCGACUGUCGUCACGCAGUGGCAAUGAUUCGCAGUCUUCGACUCGGGAGUCAAAACCUGGAUUCUUUGCAAGCUUCGGACCGUUGAUCCGGAACAAGAACGAAUCGAAGGGUGACAACAAGAGCGCAGUCAGUGGUGUCACUGGUGACAACACAAACGACAGUUCUGUUCGCGCUUCAACUGCAACUUCUCAAUCAGCCAGGGUCGGCAACGCCGAGCCUGCGUCAGUACGAACGGCCGGCACUCGUACAAUCUCUGAAGUUAUCGGUAAAGGAGGCAGCGACAAUUCGGCACCUGUCUCGCCUCGCGACUAUGAUCCGAUGUCGGGUCGCACGGGGUCCACUACACCGUCUGGCACAUCCAAGAGCUCCGAGCGCCACAGUACUGAUGAAUCUGGCAAGGCUGCGGAGGGCGCUGGGUCUGUUGCUCGACCGCGGGUGGCUAAGACCAAGAAGGAGACGAGCGCCUACACCCGUGGCCUAGAGAAGAAGUCUCCACAAGAGCAAGUGGCUGGCUGUGAUUAUAGCGGAUGGAUGAAGAAACGCUCUUCAAACCUGAUGGCGACGUGGAAGCCUCGACUGUUCGUUUUGCGAGGUCGCCGUCUCUCUUACUACUAUUCCGAAAAAGACACAGAAGAGCGGGGCUUGAUCGACAUCACUGCCCAUCGCGUACUCCGUGCUGACAACGAUCCGAUCAUCGCGUUGCAUGCCACUGUUACUGGCUCGACAGCCAUGCCCGCCAAUGCUAACGCACUCGAUCCGGGGGCGAAAGCGAAGGGACUGAAUCCCGCACUUUCUGGCAAGGACAGCAGCGGGCCUUUCUUCUUCAAACUCGUGCCUCCCAAGUCAGGCAAUGCGCGCACCGUGCAAUUCACCAAACCGACCACCCAUUACUUCCAGGUUGACACAGUGCAGGAGGGCCGCUUGUGGAUGGCAGCACUCAUGAAGGCCACCAUUGAGCGUGAUCUAUCCGGCAAAGUGGAAACCAGCAACAAGCAGAAGACCAUCAGUCUCAAGCAAGCGCGCAUGAUGCAAGCGCGCCCACCAGCCCUGAUGAAUCUGCCUGCAGACGCAGGGCAAUCAAGUCAGGUACCCGAGCAUGCUGAUGAGGACCAGGGGCUUCGGAUCAAUGGUCUCAAUCUGAAUAAGGUGACUGCCGGGGGAAGUGACACCCCUCACAAUAACGAGGCUGAUGGGAACUCGGCCGAUCAGCCGACGCCUUCAGCUUCUUCGGCUUCUAAUCCGCUGGGCGAGAUUCACAUCGGCACUUCGCCCCUUCUACCAGAUGCAUUGGUCCAAAGUGAUGCCAAGCAAAGCUGA